AUGAAGGUUCAUCGGUUGAAAUGCAUUAGUUAUUCAGUUCCAGAGUUGACGACCAUGACAACGGCUGUUCAAUCUCCUGGGCAUGAUGAAUCUGAUGACUCCCUCUAUCCGAUAGCCGUCCUCAUUGACGAACUUCGGAAUGAAGAUGUGCAUUUGCGAUUGAAUAGCAUUCGUAAACUCUCAACGAUAGCACUCGCACUCGGUGUCGAACGUACUCGUAACGAACUCAUCCAGUUUCUCACAGAUACAAUUUACGACGAAGACGAAGUUUUACUAAUUCUUGCUGACCAACUAGGAAAUUUCACUCCACUGGUUGGUGGACCAGACUAUGUUCAUUGUUUGUUGCCACCACUCGAAAAUUUGGCGACCGUUGAGGAAACGGUUGUUAGGGAUAAGGCUGUUGAAAGUUUACGGAAGAUAGCUGACAAGCACAGCACAGCGGCUUUAGAAGAGUAUUUUAUUCCUAUGCUGAAGCGCCUAGCAACAGGUGACUGGUUCACGUCGCGCACGUCGGCUUGCGGUCUCUUCAGCGUUGCUUAUCCGCGGGUUAGCCCUGCCAUCAAGGCUGAAUUGAGAAGCCUGUUUCGUCAGAUGUGUCGUGAUGAUACACCAAUGGUUCGUCGUGCGGCCGCUGCAAAACUCGGCGACUUCGCUAAGGUAUUUGAACGUGACUUCCUCGUCGAUGAACUCCAUGCUAUGUUCUGUGAUUUGGCAGUAGAUGAACAGGAUUCUGUGCGUUUACUUGCCGUCGAAGGCUGCAUUGCAAUGGCAGGGUUGUUAUCCGAGGAGAGCCGCCGUGAUCUUGUUCGUCCAGUGCUGAUGGGUCUUAUCGAUGACAAGAGCUGGCGUGUACGGUUCAUGGUAGCGGAGAAGCUAACCGAGAUCCAAGAAGCUAUCGGUGAGGACAUGACAAUGACUGAACUCGUUCCUGCGUUCACUAAUCUCUUGAAGGAUCCUGAAGGAGAAGUCCGCGGUGCAGCAGCUCAGAAAUUGAACACUUUCUGCGCCAAUCUGAAGAAGAGCACAAGGGAGUCAGCUAUUCUCAAUAACAUUCUGCCGGUUGUGAAGGAAUUGGUCACUGAUCCAAAUCAACACGUGAAGACUGAGCUUGCGGGCGUGAUAAUGGGUUUGGCACCGCUUGUCGGAAAGGAAAACACAAUCUCUCAGCUUUUGCCCAUUUAUAUGCAGCUACUGAAGGACAGCACUGCCGAAGUCCGCCUUAAUAUCAUAAGCAGCCUGGACAAGGUCAACGACGUCAUCGGGGCAUCGCAGCUUUCCCAAUCCCUUCUUCCAGCUAUCGUCGAACUUGCUGAGGAUGGGAAGUGGCGCGUGAGACUGGCCAUUGUUCAGUUCAUGCCACUUCUUGCUGCACAACUCGGGCAAGCGUUUUUCGAUGAGAAAAUGCUACCGCUUUGUCUCAACUGGCUCUGUGAUCAUGUUUAUGCAAUCCGCGAAGCUGCAACGGCUAUUCUAACUGAGCUUGCUGGGAAAUUCGGUGGAGAGUGGGCAACGAAGAAUAUAAUGCCGAAAGUGCUCACCUUGUCCAAGGAUCUCAACUACCUGCACCGUAUGACCUGCCUGUUUUGUCUAAAUUCACUUGCCGAAGCUGUAGGACCCGAACAAACUGCGAAGGAAAUCAUGCCGGUGAUCAAAGAGCUCAGUGAAGACAAUGUACCUAACGUACGAUUCAAUGUGGCGAAGGGAUUAAUGAAGAUUGGAAAAGUUGUGGAUGCGAGGUGUACAGGGAUGGUGAGUGCGGAGCAGCCAAAGCAGAAGACCGAGAAGGAAUUGAAGAAAGAGGCCGAAAAGGCGGCAAAACUGGCGAAGUUCGAGGAGAAGCAAAGAAAGCUCCAGGAAAAAGCUGCUGCCGCUACGGCAAAGCCGAAGGAUGAAAAGAUCGUUAAGAAAAAGGCUGUUGCGGAGCUGCCGAAACCAAUUGUGGGUAAAAAUACUGGUGAAAAGAAAGAUGUAAGCGCUGGACUUCUGAAUGUAUACGAUCCCGGCUACGUUGAGUCGGACUGGUACGCUUGGUGGGAGAAGGAAGGAUUCUUCAAACCAGAGUACGGUCGACAGAAUGCAACGACACCUAAUCCGAAAGGAAGCUUUACCAUUUGCAUACCUCCGCCAAAUGUAACUGGUACGCUUCAUGUUGGCCAUGCGCUUGCCACUACCGUUGAGGACACUUUAACGAGAUGGCACCGAAUGAAAGGAAGGACCACACUAUUCAAUCCUGGGUGUGACCAUGCAGGCAUUGCUACACAGGUAGUCGUGGAGAAGAAGCUGCAACGUGAAAAAGGUCUCACACGACAUGAUCUCGGUCGUGACAAUUUCAUCCAAGAAGUGUGGAAGUGGAAGAACGAGUCAGUGAUUGCUGUGUUCGGAUUUGCUCCUAGAAUAGCUCCAGUAUUUUCAAUUAACUUUAGAAAGGGUGGGGUGAUCUACGAUCAGCUGCGGAAGAUGGGUGCUUCGGUGGACUGGGAUCGUGCUUGCUUCAUGAUGGAUCCGAAGAUGGUGCGAGCGGUCACUGAGGCUUUUGUUCGAAUGCACGAGCGUGGUACCAUUUACCGUUCGAAUCGCCUCGUAAACUGGUCGUGUGCUCUUCGAAGUGCCAUAUCUGAUAUUGAGGUUGACAAAAAGGAGCUGACUGGCCGCACACUUCUUCCAGUUCCUGGCUAUGAAGAGAAGGUCGAAUUCGGAGUUCUCACAUCCUUUGCUUACAAAAUUCAGGGAGGAGGUACUUGUAUCCAUCCCUUCGUUGACCGCGAGCUUGCGAUCGUCCCAGACACCUUCGUCGAUCGCGAGUUUGGAACUGGUGCCGUGAAAAUCACACCAGCUCACGAUCACAAUGACUACGAAGUUGGAAUUCGCCACGGCCUUCCUUUCAUUACCUGCAUCGACGAUGACGGCAUGAUUUCUCCGGGUUGCGGGAAGUUCUCUGGGAUGCGUCGUUUCGAUGCAAGAAAAGCCGUCACCGAAGCGCUGAAGGAGCUGAAUCUCUAUCGCGGAUCAGAAGAUAACGCUAUGGUUGUUCCAGUGUGCAGUCGCUCCAAAGAUAUCAUUGAGCCCCUCCUGAAAGCUCAAUGGUACGUAAAAUGUGACGAGAUGGCUAGGAAGGCUAUCGAAGCUGUCGAGAGCGGGGAACUCAAGCUCAUCCCCGACUACCACGUCGCGACUUGGAAUCGUUGGCUCCAGGGCAGCAGGGAUUGGUGCAUCUCCCGCCAGCUGUGGUGGGGUCAUCGCAUUCCAGCCUAUUUUGUCACAGUCACCGAUGGGAAGACCCCAGCCGGUGAUCCUUGUGACGAUCAUUACUGGGUAUCAGCUCAUUCUGAAGAAAUGGCGCUGCAAAAGGCGGCGAAGAAGUUCAAUGUUGACCCGAAAUUCAUCCAGCUGAAGUGGGAUGAAGACGUCCUGGACACGUGGUUCUCGUCAGGUAUGUGGCCGUUUGCCAUCAUGGGCUGGCCGGAAAACACUACCGACAUGCAGCUUUACUUCCCUUCAAAUGUUCUUGAGACUGGGCAUGAUAUCCUGUUUUUCUGGGUCGCUCGAAUGGUUUUCAUGAGUCAGGAGCUCACGGGAAAGCUGCCCUUCAAAGAGGUCUAUUUACACGCAAUGAUUCGAGACGCUCAUGGGCGUAAGAUGUCGAAGUCGCUUGGCAAUGUGAUUGACCCUCUCGAUGUAAUCAGAGGUGUAACAUUGGCAGAGUUGAAUCACCAAUUGACUACAGGCAAUUUGGACGCGAAGGAACUUGCCAUAGCGCAGGCUGGCCAAGCGCGAGAUUAUCCAAAAGGUAUCCCAGAAUGUGGUACUGAUGCACUCCGAUUCGCUCUUUUGGCCUACACAAGCCAAGGCCGUGAUAUCAAUCUCGAUGUUCUCCGUGUUCAAGGUUAUCGCUUCUUUUGCAACAAGAUAUGGCAAGCCGUGAGAUUCACUUUAAUGCAGCUAGGCAGCGAUUACCACGCGGAGCCCUUCAAGCUCAGUGGCAAGGAAUCAAUCAUGGAUUUGUGGAUUCUGUCGCGUGCCGCUUUUGCUGUCAACCGUUGCAAUGCAGGCAUGGAGGCGUACAACUUCACUCAGGUGACUACCACCCUGUAUGACUUCUGGCUGUACGAUCUCUGCGAUAUCUAUUUGGAAGCUGUGAAACCAGUCAUCGCUUCAGGAACUGAGGAAGCACGCGUGACUGCCAAAGCGACCCUCUACAACUGCGUCGAAGCUGGUUUGCGAUUAAUCAGCCCGAUCAUGCCAUUCUUGUCCGAGGAGCUUUGGCAGCAUCUCCCUCGUCGUCGGUCUCAACCACCGGCGAUGAUUGUCCAUGCUUAUCCAGAAGUUUCUGAGUUUCCAUUCACCAACGAGAAGAUCGAAGCUGAUGUUUCAUUCGCGAUGAGUGUCAUCCGUACUGUUCGAUCACUUCGUUCUGACUACGAGUUGACGAACAAAACGAAAACCGAUCUUUACGCGUCCGUAAGCUCUGCGGAAGACCACAACUGCUUGACGUCGUUAAUUCCCUUGAUUGAAACUCUUGCUUCAAGUAAUAAGGUCUGUCUUCGAUUAUGCCAUCCGUCGGGAAAAUUAGAGAAUUGA